AUGAAGAGUCGUUCCCACCUGGGCCAAAUAGCCAUCUUCACCGACAGAGCUGGUACCUCAACUGAAAAACUGGGACUAGAUCCCACUGUUAUUCUCAGAUUUACAGAUGGUGCAGACUCAAAAAGGACCGUCCAUGAAUUUAUCAAUGACCAGAGGGACAGAUUUCUGCUUGAGUUUGCUCUGUCAACCAAAAGAAAUACAAUUCAAAAGUAUGAAAAACACACCACAAUGAAGGAAAGGCAGCUCAUGAAAGCAGAAAAAAAACUCCAAGAAGACGCAAUGGCCUUUGAAGAGUUCCUUCGAGAAAAUGACCAGAGAUCUGUAGACGCGCUUAAAAUGGCAGCGCAAGAAACUAUAAACAAGCUCCAAAUGACAGCAGAGCUUAAGAAGGCGAGUAUGGAGAUACAGGCAGUGAAAAGUGAAAUAGCAAAGACAGAAUUCCUUCUUAGAGAGUACAUGAAAUAUGGAUUUUUUCUGCUGAAAUUGUCUCCAAAACAAUGGCAAAUCCAGCAAGCAAUGAAAAGGGUGUCGAAGAGUAAAGAAAAUGUGAAUGCCAUGCUUCCAAGUAUAAUAACAAAAUUAAGCGCAAGGAGAAAAGAGGGCAGCAUGGAAGAGUCCAGGGGGACAUCAUUUUCAGAAGACUCUUCUCUGGGAAGAGGCAGCCAAGGAAAACCACGCAAGAGGACCACUCUCACUCUGGAGGACAAGAAAUCGUCCUUAUCAAACCAAGCUGAAAGUAUCAGUUCAGAAGACAGUUUGGACUUCCUUUUAGAUGAUGAUAUGGACUACGGUCUGGAGCCAGAACUUUAUUUCAAAGAACCAGAAGAGUUACUCCAAGUCCUCACAGAGCUGGAAGAGCAGAAUCUUACUUUGGUACAAUAUUCCCAAGAUGUAGACGAAAAUCUUGAAGAUGUAAAUAAAAGAGAAAGACUUAUACAAGAUAAAAUAAAUAGCAGCAUAGAGUUUCUUUUGGAGCACAAAGAAAUGCUUAAGGCCAGCUGUCUAAGAGAAGAGGAAAAAGCAGCAGAACUGGAAUUAAGGUCCAGGCUAUUUAGUUUUGGAGAAUUUAAUUCAGAUACUCAGGAAAAACUGAUAGACUCUCUCAGUAAAAAGAUUAAUCAAGUAUACAGAGUCUGCAUUGGAGAUGCUGAGGUUGGCAGCCUCAACCCAAUUCAAAAGCUGGUGAAAGUAGAGUCUCGCCUGGUGGAACUGAGUGAUCUCAUUGAAUCCAUUCCCAAAGAAAAUGUGGAAGCAAUUGAGAGGAUGAAACAGAAAGAACGACGGCAAAAGCUACGUGAAGAGAAAAUGAGAGAAAAACAAAAACACCAGGAGGAAAGGCUAAAAGCCGCCCUGGAAAGGGCAGUAGCCCAACCAAAGAAAAAGCUGGGAAGACGACUUAUCUAUCGCUCAAAACCGCCAUCUGCUAACAAACAUGAACUAUUUUCAGUCAAGGAUACAAAAACAAAAUCAUUGGAAGAAGAAUACUUUUUCACUUGAGGAGGAACAGUAAGACAUUUAUUAUCAGAAGACUUUAGGCAUAUUUUGUAGAUUUUGCUUUUCAAUAACGGGAAUAUUCUGCCCCAUAUGCAGGCCUGACCAAUUUCAGAAAGAGAGACCCCUACUCUAAAAGGCCCUUGGGAUUGGAAAUGGGAGUUACUUUCUUUUGCUGAAGACUUUUAUUAUCCAUAUCCUGACCAUUAUUCUAUACAGCUAAACAUUUGUAACUACACUUUUUCUUGACCCAGUUGGGGAUACAUAUGCAGAGUUACUUUACUGAUAUAACUAUACGGUGAAUGACCAUUAUGUGUAAUAAUGGCAUUCUCUGACAUGCGAGUUUAAAUAAUCUAUUUUUUUCCAACCAGUCCAAGAAAAGCUCACAGAGUAGAUUUUAUCACUGUGGAGUAUACAUUUUAACAAUGCACAACUCUGAAACACUGGUUUUGACGAGUUUAACACCUGCAGGAAAACCAGUAGCUGAUGUUCUCUGAACACAACUACAGGACUGAUUUUUAAUUCACAUGAAGGAGUUCUGUCGAGAAAAUUUGGUUCUCUCAUGUGAACUAUAUGCCUUCAGACUAAAUAUCAGUUCACAAUUUCUUUUGUGUUAAUAUAUUCAAUCGUUUUAAUUUUCAGGGAAUGUUUCAAUUUUAGCUGUAAUAUGUACAUCACUUAGCUUAACUGAUAGAGAAUUAACAUGUAAUUUACUGACUACUAAAUAAUAGGCUAUAUUAAUUCUAAGAAAAUAUUUAAAUUUAUAUAUGUCAAA